CGUUCCUUGUUUGCUAAUGUAAUGUAAAGAUAUUAAUUUUAAAUAAAAUAUGCAUUUAGUUUCAAAAUGAAGCAUUUUAAAUUACUCAAAAAUUUCUUUGCUAUGGCUUUAUUUUUAAGUGCGAUUUGGUUAUUUGUAUCAUGGAGCAACAUUGGAAUUCUAAGUCUAGAGAGCAUCAAUCCUCGUAGCAUCCCCAUAGCAGUCAAGAACAAGCUCUGCGCCGUCAAUUUCAACGAUGACAGACCACACAUCAGUAACAGCACAGAACUCAAGAUGAUAUACUAUGUCACCCCAACGUACCCCCGACCGGAACAAGUGCCAGAGAUGACCAGGCUUGCGCAUACCUUGAUGCAUGUGCCAAGACUGCACUGGAUCGUUGCUGAUGAUCAACCUGUGUGUUCCGAUCAGGUGCUCAGUGUUUUGAGGCGGACCGGACUCCCCUUCACUCACCUAUCCAGUCCCAAGCCUUUCAUAUACAAAGUCUCGAAUUUUCCACGCGGCGUCGCAAAUAGAAGAGCAGCACUGGCCUGGUUGAAAGAGAAUGUUCUAGAGGGAAUUCUCUACUUCGGGGACGAUGAUAACACAGUAGAUCUUCAACUGUUCGAUGAGAUAAGAAACACUAAGAAAGUGUCCAUGUUCCCUGUUGGACUGAUUGGGGAUUUCGGCGUUUCUUCGCCCAUUGUGAAGGAAGGAAAGGUGGUUGGAUUCUUCGAUUCUUGGCCGGGUUCCCGAACAUUCCCAGUCGACAUGGCCGGCUUCGCUGUCAACAUAGAGUUCCUGAAGAGCACAGCAAACAUGCCCUACAUAGCUGGCCACGAAGAAGACAGGUUCCUAGUCAGUCUUAACCUCAAAAUGAACGACAUAGAACCACUAGCAGACAACUGCACUAAAAUACUCGUAUGGCACACCAAAACCGUCAAACACAAGAAACCAACACUCCAAGUCAAUAUCAACCAUCUAGAUGAAAUACCGAGGUAUCAGAAUUUUGCUAACUUACUGAGGGAGAUUUCGAACUUAGGUAUGGCGGAUUUCGAUGCGAAUGACGGCAAAGUUCAACCAUUUAUAACAAGAGAUCGGAAGACGUAUAAGAAUAUAUAUGAUCUAGAGUAAAUUGCCUUAACCCGAGGGUUCUGCUACGACGAUGGAACUGUACAGUUCGAUCAGAGUAGACGUGACGACGUGUGAGUGAGAGAUCAAGUUUGAAUGUGUAUUGUUGUAUUCUAUAUAAAAGGUUUGAAAGAAUCAAUUACUAAGGAUAUUAUGGGCUAAU